UCGCCCUCGUACUAUUUCGCUUCUCCUCUCCUCUCCUCCCUUCCGUCGCCUUGCGCUUCCUUUCUCUUCCUCCAAGUAAACUCGCCUUCCGCCGCGCCGCCGUUUCGCACCCAUGCCGACCGUAAGCGUGAAAUGGCAAAAGGAGACCUUCCCAGGCAUAGAGAUUGACACUAGCCAGCCUCCUAUUGUCUUUAAGAGCCAGCUAUACACUCUGACUGGUGUCCCACCUGAAAGGCAAAAAAUUAUGGUGAAGGGUGGAAUAUUGAAGGAUGACGCGGAUUGGUCUACGUUGGGAGUGAAAGAUGGUCAAAAAUUGAUGAUGAUAGGUACAGCUGAUGAGAUUGUGAAAGCUCCAGAGAAAGGCCCAGUCUUUGUAGAGGAUCUACCAGAAGAAGAGCAAGUGGUUGCACUGGGGCACAGUGCUGGUCUUUAUAACUUGGGGAAUACAUGUUACAUGAAUUCCACUUUGCAAUGCCUGCAUUCUGUUCCAGAGCUGAAGUCGGCUUUAUUGAGUUAUUCAGAUAGUGUGAGGGGUAAUGGUGUUGACCAAGCCUCUCAUAAUUUGACUGUUGCAACUCGUAAUACUUUUGGAGAACUCGAUCAAAGUGUUCGGCCAGUUGCACCUCUACUCUUCUUGCAGACACUGCGGAAAAAGUAUCCCCAGUUUGCACAACAACAAAAUAAUGUUUACAUGCAACAGGAUGCAGAAGAAUGCUGGACCCAGUUAGUGUAUACACUUACUCAAACUCUUACAUCAGAAGCAAGUGAACCUCCUGCUGGUCCGAUGAAGGAACUUUUUGGGAUUGAUCUCGUGAGCAGGGUCCAUUGUGCAGAGAGUGGUGAAGAGAGUUUAGAGAGAGAAUCUGUUUAUUCUUUGAAAUGCCAUAUAUCUCAUGAUGUAAACCACCUUCAUGAAGGACUUAAGCAUGGUUUGAAGUCGGAACUUGAGAAGGCUUCACCUUCACUGGGCCGCACUGCUCUUUAUACAAGAGAAUCAAGAAUUGAUGAGUUGCCUAGGUACUUGACUGUGCAGUUUGUUCGUUUCUUUUGGAAAAGAGAAUCAAACCAGAAGGCGAAGAUUUUACGGAAAGUGGAUUACCCCCUGGAAUUGGAUGUUUAUGACUUCUGUUCAGAUGAACUGAAACAAAAACUCCAGGCUCCCCGACAGAUGCUGAGAGAUGUAGAAAAUGCUAAAUUUGGAUUAAAAGUACAGGGAAAGGCCAGCAGCUCAACAGAAAAUGAGGGUUCGUCAAGUAAUGCUGGGGAAUCAUCCGGCAUGGACAUUGACAAAGCUGAUUCUUCUGUGCCAAAGAAACAAUUGACUGGCAUCUAUGAUUUAAUUGCUGUUUUGACGCACAAAGGGCGAAGUGCAGACUCAGGCCAUUAUGUUGGCUGGGUUAAGCAAGACGACGGGAAAUGGAUUGAAUUUGAUGACGACAACCCAAGCAUACGCAAGGAGGAAGAGAUUUUGAAGUUAUCUGGUGGAGGUGACUGGCACAUGGCUUACAUUUGUCUGUACAAAGCGCGUGUUAUCUGAAUUUGGGAGUGCCGGAGAGGCUGACGGGCUGAUUUGUUCUACAUUUCUCAAGUUGCCGGUAGUUUGCUUGGCUUUUGUGAUGCAUGAGCGAACGUGUUGUUGAAUUUUCAAGUUUGGUUCAAACUGAGAAGCAAGCAUGCGACUUGCGUUGCUGCUGGUGUUCGGGUUGGAGUUCGUCAGGCGUGUAUUUUCAGAUGCUCAACUAGAAUAUUUUACAGUAGUAAACAAAUAUAUACUACAAAGAAACUGAGCGAAAAAUAUAAUUUAUUUAUCUCAUUAAACGUGUCUGUUCUCGUGGAGGAGUAACUUGU